AUGAUGGAGAAAUGGAGAGUGACUUAUCGUCUGCUCAAAUACUCGUCCAACUUUGAUCGCCAAUCGAAUUAUUCAUUCACUUCAGGUGUUCGUUAUAUUUAUGGUAGAAGUUAUAUACCUUUCUACAAAGAGUUUCAAGGCAAUGCUAAUGGGGCUUCGGGUUCUUUUCCAAGAGUUAAUGGGAAUAGUUAUGCUGUUCAGCUUAGAUAUCUUGCUUCUGGAGCAUCAACUACUCAGAGGAACCCCGAUUUUUCACAAAUUAAUAUAGAUGAUAUAAGCUAUUUUAAGAAGAUCCUUGGAGAAAGAGGUGUAGUUCAGGACGAAGAGAAGUUGGAUGAUGCAAACACGGAUUGGAUGAGGAAACACAAAGGUUCAAGUAAGCUUAUGCUCCAACCUAGGACCACUGAGGAGGUUGGUGUCUUUCUGCCUUGUUUCACAUAA